AUGGUGGAUCUUUCCAGCAAUCGUUUACAUGGUGCAGUUUCAUCUUCUUUUUUCCAAGAAGCUUGGAAUGUGACUAGUUUCAGUGUCAGUAACAACACCUUUUCAGGUCCUAUGCCAUCCUCUAUUUGUCAUCCUUCUUCUUCCUCGUUACGACACCUUGAUUUUUCCUUCAAUAAUUUCAAUGGUAGUAUAUCUUUUGGAUUAGGGAAGUGUUCCAAACUGCAGGUGUUCCGUGUUGGUUACAAUUACCUGUCAGGAUCGCUUCCAGAAGAUAUCUUUAAUUCUACCAUACUUGAAGAGAUCUCACUACCUCGGAAUUCAUUGCAUGGAGCAGUGAGUGAUAGAAUUUCCAACCUCACCAACCUUACAACCCUUGAUCUCUCCUAUAACCAAUUGAGUGGCGUGCUCCCUCUCCAUCUUGGGAAGCUCUCCAAGUUGAAACACAUACUCCAUGAUUUCAACUCUCUGGAAGGUUCAUUGCCCCUAUCUCUGAUGAAUUGCACAAACCUCGUUGAACUACGUAUGGGAACCAACAACUUGGGGAGUAAUAUCUCCAUGCUCAAUUUUUCCAUACUUAGCCAACUUAGUAAACUUGACUUGCGGAAAAAUAACUUCUUUGGUAUCUUGCCAAGAAGCAUCUACUCGUGCAAGUUCUUGAAAGCAAUUCGAGUGAGCUACAAUAAUCUAGAGGUUCAAAUACAGCCUGAAAUUCUUUCAUUGAAAUCCCUGUCCUUCCUCUCACUUGGUUGGAACAAAGGUUUGACCAAUGUGACAGGGGCAAUGAAGAUACUGAUGGGUUGCAAAUGUCUCCUAAUGCUUUCCUUGGCAUCUAGUUUUUUAGGUGAGGAAAUGCCGAACGAUGUUGAAAUGGCGGAUUUUAAUGGAUUUCAAAAUCUUCGACUUUUAGAUUUGAGUUCAUGUAACCUUAGUGGUAUAAUUCCUUCAUGGCUAUCGAAGCUGAAAAAGUUAUAG